AUUCGCUUGAGUCUCUAUAUAAACAUCACAAUCCAACUCUCCAUCAUCUUCCACUUCUUGUUCUACUCAUAUUCCAUACAUCAUAUCCCUAUAACAUCAACAAACAUUUCAUCGGCUUGAUCAGUUUUUAACCAACGAUGAUUCCGAUAUGCGUGCAGUGCGGAACGGGCGGAAACCCUUGUAGAUGCAAAGUGGUAGGACCGACGUUAGGGCUUGUGGCGUUUGUAGCAGCCGGAAUAGUUGAAUGGCCGGUCGGAGCAUUGGUUUAUAUCUUUAAGCACGCCAAAGGUCGCCGCAUUAUGGGUCAUCCGGCCACCCAUGUUUAUCCCAAGGUCUCUCGUUCCAUUCCCAUAUGAUUAUGAUGACUUAUUGACUUCAUGAUCACUCACUUCUAAGUUAUAUUGUAUCUUAUCUUUCUUCCUUUUCUGUAUUUCUCUAAGAACUUUAAUAUUUUGAUUACUAAAGUAAUAAUGUACGUGAAAAAGUUAAUAAAUAUCCGCUUUCAAUCUUAAAAAGUCGUUAUCAAAGGUCCUUGUUUGUAAUCGAGACAAGUAGAUAAAUUCC